AUGGCUGCCAAGAUGACCUGUGGAGCUUCUUCUUCUGAUUCAUCCGGUCCGUAUGAUGUCUUCCUGAGUUUUUGCGGGCAGGACACUCGCACCACCUUCACUGAUCACCUCUUUAAUGCGUUGAUCCAGUUUGGGAUUCAAACCUUUAGAGACAAUGAAGAGCUAAACAGAGGAGAGGAUAUCUCUAAAGAACUGAUGGCAGCCAUCGAAGUUUCUAGGAUUGCCAUUAUCUUCUUCUCUGAAAAUUAUGCUUCUUCGAGCUGGUGCCUUCUUGAGCUGGCGAAGAUCAUGGAAUGCAAUAAAGAUGGCAGAAUGGAAAAGGUUCUGCCUGUUUUCUACAAGGUGGAUCCAUCGGAUCCAUCGGAUGUCAGGCAUCAACGUAACACUUAUGAGAAGGCAUUUAAGGGACACGAAGAGCGUUUCAAGAAUGAGAUGGAGAAGGUACAGACGUGGAGGUCCUGCUCUCACAGAUGCUGCCAACUUGUCAGGGUGGGAUCAAAUAAAAGUUGCUGAUGGGUAAGUCUUAAUAAUCAAAUCUUUU